AUGGCCGAAAUUAACCUCUCGCCGCCUUCGAUGCCAUCCGGCAAAAAGCGAAUCGCUGUCUUGACUUCUGGAGGCGAUUCUCCCGGAAUGAGUGCUGCCGUUCGGGCGGUUGUUCGACAGACAUUAGCUUCCGGGUGCACGGCCUUCGCGGUGUACGAAGGCUACCAGGGACUUGUGGAUGGUGGGGACAUGAUCAAAGAGAUGCAAUGGGAAGAUGUUCGAGGUUGGAUCUCUGAAGGAGGCACACUGAUCGGCACUGCGAGAUGCAAAGCGUUCAUGGAGCGACCAGGUCGCUUGACCGCUGCCAACAACAUGAUCGAGAAGGGAAUCGACGCCCUGGUAAUUUGUGGAGGAGACGGAUCCUUGACAGGAGCAGACAAGUUCAGAUCAGAGUGGCCCAGCCUGGUAGAGGAGCUUGUCUCAAGCGGCAAGAGAAAGGCACACGAAGUCGAGGCAUACCGACACCUCAAUAUUGUUGGACUUGUUGGGUCAAUCGAUAAUGAUCUCAGCAGUACCGAUGCCACCAUUGGUUGCUACAGUUCAUUGCAGCGUAUAUGCCAAUCUAUCGACUACAUCGACGCGACAGCCCUCUCUCAUCAACGUGCCUUUGUCAUCGAAGUUAUGGGCAGGCAUUGCGGUUGGCUUGCAUUGAUGGCAGGUGUCACCUGCGGUGCUGACUUCAUCUUCAUCCCCGAAAAUCCACCAUCAGAACAGUGGGAGGAGGAAAUGUGCACCAUCAUCAAGAAACACAGAGCCAUGGGCAAACGGAAGACGAUUGUUGUCGUUGCUGAGGGCGCUCACGACCGAAGCUUGAAGCCUAUUUCACCACUCAUGGUCAAAGAUCUCCUUUCUGACAAGGUCGGCCUAGAUACCAGAGUUACCACCCUUGGCCACGUCCAACGUGGUGGACCACCGUGUGCUUAUGACCGCAUGCUGGCAACAUUGCAAGGCGUCGAAGCUGUUAACGCUGUCUUGGAGGCUACCCCAGAGACGCCGUCGCCGGUGAUUUGCAUGGUUGAGAACAAGAUCGUGCGGAAAGACCUGAUGCAAGCAAUCAAGCUGACGAAACAGGUCGCUGAGCACAUUGAAAAGAAAGACUUCGAUAGUGCGAUGAAGGGAAGAGAUGCUGAAUUUGAGGAAUUUCUGCAAGCUUUCAACAUCACUACACAAACGGACAAUGAACAGACACUUCUUCCAGAAAACGAACGUCUGCGCAUUGGCAUUAUACAUGUGGGUGCUCCGGCAGGUGGAAUGAACGCUGCCACAAGGGCGGCUGUUGCAUAUUGUCUGAGCAGGGGACACACUCCUGUCGCCCUCCACAACGGCUUUCCCGGCCUAUGUCGGCAUCAUGACGACGCGCCCCUUGGCUCCGUCCGAGACAUCAGUUGGCUCGACGCUGAAAGCUGGGCAUCAAAGGGUGGCUCCGAGAUUGGUACCAAUAGAGGUUUGCCAUCUGAGGACUUCGAGACCACCGCGCUGUGCUUCGAGAAAUACAAAAUCGAUGCUUUGUUCAUGGCCUUCAAAAUUCCCAUGGUCAUCCUUCCCGCGACGGUGUCGAACAAUGUUCCGGGCACAGAAUUCUCCAUUGGCUCCGACACCUGCUUGAAUGCUCUCAUCGAGUAUUGCGACGCAAUCCGACAGUCGGCGUCGGCCUCGCGUCGUCGAGUCUUUGUGGUAGAAACACAAGGAGGAGCUUCCGGUUAUAUCGCCACGGUCGCAGGCUUAUCGAUUGGGGCGUUGGCCGUCUACACCCCUGAAGAAGGUAUCAGAAUGCAGAUGUUACUUGACGACAUUGCCUUUCUCAAGGAUCAGUUCGCCAAGGAUAAAGGCAAUGCUAGAUCGGGUAAAAUUAUCCUCAGAAACGAGAAGGCGAGCAAGGUCUACACGACCGAAUUUAUUGCAGAUGCAAUCAAGGAAGAAAGCGGUGGCCGUUUCGAUUCCAGAUACGCUGUGCCCGGCCAUGUUCAACAAGGUGGCAUACCCAGCCCAAUGGAUCGCGCUCGUGCUGUGCGUUUCGGUGUCAAGUCUCUUCAAUUCCUGGAAAAGUUCACAGGCAAAUCAAAGCAAGAGAUCACAGAUGACCCCCUUUCUGCGGCGGUUAUCGGCAUUCGCGGUGCGCGAGUGAAGUUCAGUCCAAUGGAAAAGAUCGAAAGCGAAGAGACAGAUUGGAAGGAUCGUCGUCCGAAAAAUGAGCAUUGGAUGUCACUAAUCAGCGUCGUUGAUACGCUCAGUGGCAGGCCGAAAGAGAGUCGAACUCCUCCGAUUCAAGGUGAUCCCGCUUAUCUUGGGAAAGACUCCCCAAAUGCCGUCGGACAAUCGAAAUAA